ACACUGUUGAGAGAGACUUUGGGCAAAGCAGAGCAGAGAUGGUGAAGUUUCUGAAGCCAAACAAGGCCGUGAUCCUGCUACAGGGUCGCUACGCCGGCAAGAAGGCGGUGAUCGUGAAAACCUUCGACGACGGAACGCACGGCCGCCCCUACGGCCACUGUCUCGUCGCCGGAAUCAAGAAGUACCCGAGCAAGGUGAUCAAGAAGGACUCGGCGAAGAAGACGGGGAAGAAAUCGCGCGUGAAGGCGUUCAUGAAGCUCGUGAACUACCAGCAUCUCAUGCCCACGCGCUACACCCUCGAUGUCGACCUCAAGGACGCAGUCUCCACUAACGCCCUCGUUUCCAAGGACCAGAAGGUUACUGCUCUCAAGGAGACUAAGAAGCGAUUUGAGGAGAGAUUCAAAACUGGUAAGAAUAGGUGGUUCUUCACCAAGCUCAGGUUCUGAAUGAUGAGAAUGAGUUAGGCUGUUACUUUGUAAUGCUACAUUGGAGAUUUUUUUGUUACAAGUUUUAUGUUAUCAAAUUAAUUUGAUACAUGGUUAAGAAACAGAUUGCUGACUGGUUUUGUUGAAUUGAUCAGUUUAUUAAAGUGCAUCAAUCGUUCAUUUCAGAA